AUGCAUCCAGUCCUUAAGGCCUUUGUGUGUGGCUCCAUCAGUGGCACUUGUUCCACACUCCUCUUCCAACCCCUUGACCUGCUGAAAACCCGUCUGCAAACUCUGCAGCCUACUGUGAAUGGGUCUGGCCGUGCUGGGAUGGUAGCACUGCUCUUUAGGGUUGUUCGUACUGAGAGCAUUCUGGGGCUUUGGAAAGGUGUCUCUCCAUCCUUUGCAAGAUGUAUUCCUGGGGUUGGGAUUUACUUCAGUACUUUGUACAUGAUGAAGCAAAAGUUUCUAGUGGACCGUUCACCCACAGCACUGGAGUCUGUCUGUCUGGGAGCCACCGCACGUGCAGUUUCUGGGAUUUGCAUGUUGCCAGUGACUGUGGUGAAGACUCGAUAUGAGAGUGGAAGAUUUGGCUAUGGGAGUGUAUAUGGAGCUCUGAAGAAUAUCUAUCAGACAGAAGGGGCUCGUGGCAUGUUCAGUGGGCUCACUGCAACACUGCUGAGGGAUGCACCCUUCUCUGGCAUCUACCUGAUGUUCUACACACAGACCAAAAAGCUCACACCUCAGGACCAGCUGGAUCCAGUGCUUAUGCCCGUGCUGCAUUUUGGCUGUGGGAUCUUUGCAGGAAUCUUGGCCUCGCUGGCAACACAGCCUGCUGAUGUCAUCAAAACACACAUGCAGCUGUCCCCACAAAAGUACCACAGGACAAGCCAGACCAUUGCCUUCAUCUACAAGGACUUCGGGUUGGUUGGCUUUUUCCGAGGAGGUGUGCCCCGUGCCCUCAGACGCACUCUGAUGGCAGCAAUGGCAUGGACGGUGUAUGAACAGAUGAUGGAAAAAAUGGGCUUGAAAUCUUGA